AUGCAGCCAGACUCACAGCAGGUACAGCCACAUGGCUGGGCCUCUCUUGAAGAGAGGUAUGAGGUCAUGAAAGAGAUUGGCGAUGGCAGCUUCGGCAGCGUCGCCCUCGCUCGCGUUCGCACCGCAGGUGCGCACGUUGCUAGACGUGGUACUCUUGUCGCCAUCAAGACAAUGAAGAAGACAUUCGACUCAUUCUCGAGUUGUCUUGAACUGCGGGAAGUCAUCUUCCUGCGGUCACUACCGCCACACCCUCAUCUCGUACCCGCCCUGGACAUCUUCCUUGACCCGUACAGCCGCCGCCUUCACAUUGCGAUGGAGUACAUGGACGGCAAUCUGUACCAGCUGAUGAAGGCCCGUGACCACAAGCCUAUGGACGCACACAGUGUCAAGAGCAUACUGUUCCAGAUUAUGUCCGGACUCCAACAUAUCCACGAUCGCGAGUUCUUCCAUCGCGACAUCAAACCAGAGAACAUCCUCGUAUCCACAUCACAGCACAAUGACACAUCGCAUCCAUUCCGUCGGUACUCCGCGAUGAUGACUCCACCAUCCACACCCCCGGUCUACACCAUUAAGAUUGCCGAUUUCGGUCUCGCAAGAGAGACUCACUCCAAACUGCCAUACACAACAUACGUUUCAACCCGAUGGUACCGCGCGCCCGAGGUACUACUUCGCGCCGGGCACCUCUGUUUCCCGCGUGGUAACGAGGUCGAUCAGGUAUGGCGAGUGUGCGAAAUCAUGGGCAGCCCUGGCGGCUGGGUCAACAAGUACGGUCAACGCGUUGGUGGCGGAGAGUGGAAAGAUGGCGUCAGGUUGGCGCAGAAGCUGGGCUUCUCUUUCCCAAAGAUGGCCCCUCAUUCACUGGAUACACUUCUCCCAACACCGCAAUGGCCUGCCAGCUUGUCACAGUUUGUCACGUGGUGCCUACUUUGGGACCCGCGUGCCAGGCCAACAUCAGCACAGGCACUGGCCCAUGAGUACUUCCAGGACGCAGUCGACCCGCUCCGCCUCAAGUCUUCAUCAUCCAAAUUGCUGGGCCGCAAACCUUCCGAACUCUCGACCAAGGAUUCACCCGACGCGUCUCCGAGCCUCAGCUCGAAGACUUCAUCAUGGCUUCGACGAUCACUAGUCGCUCGAGAGAGCGCUCCUGCGGUUCCUCAGCACACAACGACUCAGCCAUUAUCGCCUGCGCCAUCGCCUGCUGCGAGCUCUUCUAACCCUCCAGUGCCGCCCAAGAACCGACCUGCUGCAACUAAGCGAGCCACGUGGACAAAUGGUGUGCCUCAAAAUGGCGCGCCCAUCCCUAUUCUGCCGUCCAUACGACCAAUCUCGCCGUUGUCAGCUGAGGUAACAGCGCAAGCGAAUGUGCGCGCUGCAGAAGGUGCUGACCACGCUGCCAAGAAGAUUGGUCGUCAACUGUCGCAGGCGUCGCACGGUAACCAUUACGCGGACAUCCAUCGCCAAGAAGCAGAGCGUGCGUUGAACGGCCAAUCAAACCCAACUUCUCCAGCGAAUGGACAGAAGGAGGGUUUCUUCUCUCACCUUCGAAAGCGCGCUCGUCGCCUAUCAGGCAGGUAUCAGACUCCCAUGUCGCCAAACUCGGACGAUAUCGAAGCCAAUGCCGGGUGUGCACCAUGGGCUGGCGCAAACCCUAGGCAGUCUUCGAUGAUUGACCAGGCUUCUCUGAAUGGAGCCGCCUCCAACAACAACGACUUCUCAGACUUGGACAAGGCCUUGCAGCACGUACGAGACAGCGUAGAAGCAAGCGCUGCAGCCAAGGGAGCUCGUGUUGCCACAAAUCCCAUGCUCAAGCGUCAUCAUUCCGUUCCCCAUGGUCCUGAACCACGACACUCCGAGAAUGGCGUCAAUGGACCCAUCUCUAGUCGAACUAGACGAGCAACACAAAAUAAGUCGAACCCAUCGAAUCGCUACGAGACUCCCAACGAAGAAGAGGAGCUCCUCAGCGAGGUUCUCGCAUCAGCCCACAAGGCAUCAAAGAAGCUUGACAAACAAAAGGUUCACCGAUCAAAUACUGAUUCGGGACCCGCUGCCUCAUACAUGACACCAUCGUCCUCUGCCAACCGCAACAGUGUUGGAUUCGGGCAGCAAAGUCAUGUUACACCAAGCAGGCCUAUGGAAAUUUCGAAGAACCACUCCACCAACGAGACCGUUUCCAAAUGGCCAACGCCGCCCGAUGAUGGCCAAGACUGGGCAUCGAGCGUGGCACACUACUGCCGUUUCGCCGUCGAUUAUCUCGGCGAGCGGUCACGAACACAUGACACUGAGCCUUCGAUCACCGUCAGGAACGGUGCGCAAGUCAAAGGCACAACGGCGCACACACGCGUCGCAAAAGCAGCGUAUCUGAGGAUGGUGUUCUGGCGUCACGCAAAGCGCCUCCGCACCAUCACUUGA